AUUAUAAUUAAACGAUAAUAUUGACAAAAAUAUCAAAUCAAAUAUAACAGUAUUACACAAAUAUAACAGGUUUUUAUUGCAAUGACUUUCGAUUUUGGUGAAGAAUCGAGUUAUGUGCAGGGAUAAGAACGAAAACGACGACAAGGGUAUUAUAUAAUCUCGUACCACAUCUACAUAUAUUGAAUUCUGGACCUAAUAAGCAUGGUGCUAGGCUCUAAGUUGAAUCCAAACAUCUAGCCAACUGCAAGAGCGAAAAGAAGAAUGGAUCAUCGUGAUCCAGAUGCCAUCAGAAACUAAUAGUAAAACUACUCAUUAUGAUUAUACCAUUGCUACGUAUAUUGAACGUAAAUGCGUCCGGAAUAAAUAAAAAUCCCAGAAAAAGAGAACGGGAAUGCUAAACAAGAUCUGUGCAAAGCGCGCGAUUGUCCGCUGCUAUUCCUCGCAGGAGCACGCAUUGCAUCUACCGCCUGAACACAGACGAUUCCGUCGUGUUCACGGUCUGCAGCUGCCGCUGCAUCCUCAGCAGGUGAUCGGCUGGCUGUUGCUGAUCGUCGUGUUUGUCGGCACCUUCACCGUGUUGCUGACGGCGCCGUUGCUGUUAUCCGACCUACGCUUCGGCCUCUCGUUGCUAUUCACUGCCCUAUUCCUAGUCCACGCGCUGACCCACCUGACGGUGCUGCUGCUAGACCCGGCCGAUCCUGAGGUACGCGCGCGGCCGGCCAAUCAGGUGGUCCCGGAAUUCGACCGCAGCAAGCACCAGCAUGUGAUCGAGAACGGCCGGUGCCACCUGUGUAACAUCACGAUUCGCGGCCUGUGCACUAAGCACUGCUCUAUCUGUAACAAAUGCGUGCCCCGUUUCGAUCACCACUGCAAGUGGCUGAACAACUGCAUCGGUGGCCGUAAUUACCCGGCCUUCCUCGCUUGUCUGACCUCGACUCUCAUCAUCGCUCUCGCGGUCACCGCGCUCGCCCUGGGCGAGCUGGUACUCAACGCGUAUUCGAACGCCAAUUCGAAUGACGAUGGAUAUUGGGAUAGUAGUAGCAGCAACGACACGAGCAUGAACAACGCCACGAGUCCGUCGGUGCCGGUGCCCGGCACCGGCUCCUUCGUUCUCAUCACUCUCAUCGGCGCUCUCUCGGCGGUGGCAGCCAUUUUGCUCAUACAUCUCUGCUUUUUCCAUGGCUACAUCGCCUGUCUGGGGCUCACAACCUACGAAUACGUACGUAGGAAACGGGAAAAGAGCUCCGCCGGGGUCACAGCUGGUUCCAGGAUGAGUUCCCCCGGUAAUCCGUGCGGGGAGUCUUGCUGCGACACCGGGGACAGAGAGAAUAUCGACCAGGUUGGCACGCGGAGUCUCUAUUCUCGCUUCUGCAAGAACGGUUCCCUGUUCAAGGACGGUACGACGAUGAUGACGGCCACGACGGACGUGUACAUGUCCUCGACGCACGAGGAAACGCGCAGAGGCGACGUAGAGGCGAGCGACGAGGGUGCGUCGAGAACAGUCGCGUCCUCGACGAAGGGCCGGAAUUUCCAUCUCUGUUUCUCGUACGACUCCCGUACCAUCGAAACCUCCAUCAAGGUCUCCGCUUCGCGGUCCAACACGAUAGAGUUGGAGAAUCAUGGGGACUCUCCGGACAUCAAGUCGUCCUCCACACCCUCGCCGGUGUCCUGCUGCUUCUCCAUCGUGAACUAUUCCGAGGGCAAGCACGGAACUGGGAAGACCCAGAAGCACCGUCGCGCGAGCGGACACCGUCUGGAGUCCACAAAACGUACCUGCGGGAUGAUGAGGAGGAUCCAGACGUUUCUGCAAGCUCGGUUGAAGAAGGGCUCCAGGUCGAAGGCAACGACCUCGACCUUUACCCGGUCUUGCAGCAACAAGAUAAUCCCCGGUAGCCCUCCGGGUAUCCCGCCCGCGAUCACCGAGCAUCAGAAUCGGAUCAUCGAGACUCUGGUGGCGGAGCUGACGACACCGUCGUCGCCGUCGCCAUCGCCACCACCGUUGCCGCUGUCAUCUUUGGAUCAUCCACAUCCACCGGCGAGAUUACCGGCUCUGGAUCUUCCGCGUACCGUCCACAAGAUUAGGAAGGUGCUUUCGAGCACCGGGGACAUCUCCGUCUUGGAACCGAUACCGCCCUCCGUGAUGCCUAAACGGAACCAGGCCUACCUAGGUAGCCGGCGUGGCGCGAACUUUUCGAGGAAGAGGCCGCGCUUCAAGCUCGGUUCUUACGUCACACAGACAGCCCAAUUGUCACCGAUCCCGGAGUCGGAAUUCUCGAAACCGGCUACACCCAGGUCGCCAUUGCGGUCUGGUUCUGCUUUCGCCUUCCCGCCAUUGCGCGAAUAACUUUGUUGUUUGCGGUUCUAGUUUACCCGAGGUGUCUUUUGUGGAAGUGUUUUGCCUUUUUUUAAAGAAGUAUACAAUUCGAAAGAGAGGCUAUUAAGAUAUACCAAGGCGGUUUAAAACUCCGGCAACGGCCAACUAUUUCCAAAAAUAGUCGUCUUAAACAUGUUAAAUACAAAAGUAUAGGGCUCAAAAUAAAGCACUUGAUGGUGACCUUGAAUUUGACCAAAGGGUCAAAUUUAGAGGUCAUUUCAAGGUCAACUUAAUUUUUUAAGCGG